UUUAGCACUCUUCACCAUGAAGGGGACACUUCUUCUGCUGACCUUGCUGGUGACUGGAGAACUGACCUUCCAUACAAAAGCACGUGUUCCUUUUUUCAAAGGCUAUGCAAGUGUUCUCUCUGGGAAAAGAUUGUAUCAAGAACUCCAGACAUUCAAUGCUACUGCAGAGGAAGCCAUGGUUUCCAGCCAAGAAUCCCAGUCAAACUAUGAAGUUGACAAUAUAAGUUCCAUUUUAGACUAUAUUUCCAGGCUAUUAGGAGAAUAGAUGUUAAUGUGUUUUGGGUACCCAUCUUUGCAACAUGUCUGAUCCAAGUGCCAUCUUGCUGACCUGUCCUCUUUCUUUCCUGAAGUUGGAUUCCUGAUACUGUUCCUUCUUCAUUCAGUCUCUUAGACUGAUUCUAAUAAAAGCUUGCAACUCUG